AUGUCUCAGAAAAAAGUUAAGAGUAAUAAAGGAGAGAUUUCCCCUUUAGACUCUCAGUUUGGAGAUAUCAUUUUACAGAAUCUUUCUUUGAGUACGACUGCACCCCAUCUUACUCAUAGUUCCACACUACCCCUGCCUGGGAAAGAGCCCACAUUCUUUACAAAAUGUGGUGGUGUGUUGACCGAUUCUGGGGGGACUCUCAGUUCUCCAAAUCACCCAGGCUUGUAUCCUCCUGAUUCUCACUGCGUAUGGGUGAUCAGGGUGUCUCCUCCUUUCCUAGUGCAGAUCCAAGUGUCAUCUCUGGCUAUUGAGGGACCCUCUCCUUGCUUGUUUGAUUGGUUAGAAGUCAGAGAGGCGACAGAGAAGACAUCUGCUGUCACAAGAUUUUGUGGCAAUGUUGCACCACCUACACUGAAUACAAAUAGCAGCACUGUGUUGGUGUCAUUUCACACUGAUGGGAAUAUUGGCGGCAAUGGGUUCAUUGCACAAUACCAUUCUAUAUUACCAGGACAGAAAAGCUGCUCCCGAGAUGAGUUUAUGUGUGAUGGUGGUCGUUGCUUACUACCUGUUUCCAUCUGUGACAGCCAGCCAAACUGUCAGGACCACUCAGAUGAAGUCAACUGUAGCCAGAAGCACAAGGUGUGUGGAGGGAAAAUAACAGGAGAAUAUGGAUCAUUGUCCAGUCCAAACCAUCCAAAGCCUUACCCACAUCAACAGUUGUGUACGUGGCAAAUAUCUGUGGAAGAUGGACAAGUUGUUAGACUAAGCUUUCAUAACUUCAGUCUGGAAACGCAAGAUGUCUGUGAGUUUGACUAUGUGGAGGUUUACGACAGUACAGACACAGUUCCCAACACUGUGCUAGGAAGGUAUUGUGGGUCAGCUCUGCCUCCCGAUCUUACCUCUUCUGGACCUGUGAUGACUGUUGUCUUUGUGGCAGAUGAAGGUGUUGCUGAUAGCGGUUUUUAUGCAUCAUUUAAGGCCAUAUCUCUUUCAGAAAGAAAAUGCAGUUCAUCACAGUUUGCCUGUGGCACUGGUGAGUGUCUUCACCAGGAUUGGCUGUGUGAUGGAUGGAAUGACUGUGCAGAUGGUGCAGAUGAGCAUGACUGCAUAAACUCUACCUACCCUCCUUUCACUUCAUCUUGUGAGCCCAUCCAAGUUGAAAUGUGCAGAGGUCUAAGCUAUAAUCUUACAUCCUUUCCAAACAUCUGGCUGUCUGUUUCUGAUCAGAGAGAGGCUGCUUCUAUUCUGCACAAGUACAAGGUGCUGAUGGAGUUUGCCUGUUUUGAAGCUUUUCGGCGGCUAGUAUGCGGUAUGUUUUUGCCCCAUUGUAGCCCUCAGAGUGGAGUGCUGCAGCCAUGCCAAUCCAUCUGUUCCACGGCCGAGCAGCAAUGCAGUCAAUCUCUUAACCUGUUUAACUUGAACUGGCCCUUCAACUGCCACCUCUUGCCUGAUUCACAGGAUCCCAUGGAGUGUUCUCUUCCAUAGGACAAAUAACUGUGUUGGUAAAUGCACUACAACCUCAAAAUCAAGCUGGAAAAUGAGUACACUCAGUGAUAUACAAUUGAAAAUCCAGGACCAAGGAUUGUCCCUUUGCUGGGCAUAAAGUGAAAGAGGACUCUACUACACUGUGUAAAAAAAAAAAAAAAAAAUUCUGGUAAAUCCUUCUCCAAAUUUCCCAUGUUCCUUGUUGCCACUUGUUGCAGUGGUGUAAAUGGGAUUGCAUAGGUCUGUCACGCUCAUGUUUAGUUUCAUUGUCUUGUUCUGUUUAGUUUUGUAACCUGUCACAGUUUUGCCCGUGUUCUCGUCUAUUCAUGUGUUAUCAUGGUUUGUAAAUAGUUUCACACCUGUUCCUUGUCCUGUUUAUUUAAGGGGGGGGUAUCAGACACAGUUUCUGCCAAUCUCAUGUUAAUCUUGGGUACCUAUAGUGUAGUAGCGCAUUCUUCAUGUCUCCAAAAAGUCUUUAGUUUUAUCAUAUUUAUAAAAGAUACUUAUGCUGUACUAGGUCUUUCUGAAAACAGCUGAGCACCUGGAGGCAUGCCAUGCGAGCGGAGCUAAAGAGUGACAAGCACGCGCAGCUUUUGCGUAGCGAUCGUCUGCAAGCUAUCAAUGGUCAGCUAAACAAUACACAAUACAUCAUCGCAUUAUACAUGGAUAACUUUUGAAUCACUAUAAUGAAUAUACCGUAUAGUGAAUGAUGAAUAAUGAAUUUAUGAAUUCACUACAUUCGUGUUGUUUACAUUAUAUGCACUUAGGCCCCUAUUGCCAACAAAACAUACAUUUGAUGCAGUUUUACUCACCACCUGCGGUUCUGACUCUUAACCGGGAUCAUUACCGCUGUGACCGCUCCAUCUUUCAGUUUCAAACGAUCUGUACUCGAAAAAAAGACCGCAAAGUUUAUGAGGGUUUGGAAGAAUAUUUUUAGCACAGAAAUACUCUGUCAUAUGUCCAACUCGUGUUUUGAAACUUUGGCCAUGUUUAGCAUGAGAAUCCAACUCUUUAACAGUGUAAAUAAGUCAGAAUACAUAAAAUAGCAUUAUACCCCCCCUUUAAGCCUUCUGUUUUCUUAGUUCUGUGUCUUGUGUUAAUGGUGUGAAGAGUUUCUCAGUGUUUAUGAAAAGUUGUCUUUGCCUCAUUCAUUCUACUGUGUUUCACCCAUCAUCUUUUGUAUCAAGUCUACAUGACAAGGUGCAAAACCAGUUAAUUGGCCUUCUGACACUGAUCACAAGAACAAACUUGUAUACAUGAAAAUGAAAAACUCGAACAAGUUCAUGGUCUCAAGGCAUCCUUUCACAACUUGUAAAAAGUUCAAUGUCUUUGUAGGAAUGAUAUAUCUAAAAGAAUUUUACAAAAUCGCAAUGCUUUUUCUGUUUGAUUGUUCUCAAAAGUAGAUUUUUUAACCCUUCUAAGCUAUCAGGGGGUCUUUUUCACCCCAAAUGACAUUUGCUGAAAAAAAAAAAAGUUCCCUUGAUCCAAAUGGCAUGAGACUUUAUAAUGCUGUCAACACUUUCUAGAUCACUUUCUUUGCCUCAUUCAUUCUACUGUAUUUCACCCAUCAUCUUUUGUAUCAAGUCUACAUGACAUGGAUAUUUAGCUGUAAAGUUAAUUGGGAAAAUUUUUAUCAUUACCUCUUUAUAUGCAUUUUAUGUGUCAUUGAGAUCACAUGACAGUGAUUUUUUGAGAUUUUUUUUUCUUCUUUUUUUGGUCACCAAAGCACUUUCUAAGGCAGGGGCGGUUCUGAGGUUGGUGGAUAUCCAGGCUUAGCCCAGAGACAUUCAUGUAUGUGUCAUAAUACAUGAGAUACACUUUAAAAUAUCUUUAAAAGUUAUACAUUGACAAAGUGUCUUUGUUUUUCCAAAGAGGUAAAUAAACAAAUAACUUUCACUUAACAGCAUUAUUUGGGUGAGAAUAAAUAAGUGAAUAAAGAUUCUCAAUAAAACUCUUCACCCAUUCAUCAUGCACAUAUUCAAUGUUAUAUACCCUAUUCUUACUCUAUAGAAAAACUCAUAUAUACACACAUACACAAACAAACACUUGUUAAAGCCAAGUAGAAUUAAACACGCAGGGCUCUAU